AUGGGACCUGGAAAUCAGUCUAGUGUUUCUGAAUUCCUCCUCGGGGGGAUCUCCCAUAAGCCGGAGCACCAGCAGAUUCUUUUGGGGCUCUUUCUGUUCAUGUACCUGGUGACUCUAGUCGGGAACCUGCUCAUCUUCCUGGCGAUCCUCUUGGAAGCUCGUCUCCACACCCCCAUGUACUUUUUCUUGGCCUGCCUCUCUUUAGCUGAUAUCGGUUUAUCUUCUACUACAGUCCUGAAGAUGCUGGUGAAUACGUCCACCCAGUGUCACACUAUUUCCUACAUAGGAUGCCUGACGCAGCUCUACUUUUUCCUGACUUUCGGGGAUCUAGACAGCUUCCUGCUGGCCGUGAUGGCGUAUGACCGGUACGUGGCCAUCUGUCGCCCUCUCCACUACAGCACAGCCAUGCGCCCCAGGAUCUGUAUCCUCCUCGUGAGCCUGUGUUGGGUUCUCACUAAUCUGGUGGCCCUGAUUCACACCCUCCUCAUGGCCCAGCUUUCCUUCUGUGUGCCAGGGGAAGUGUCUCAGUUUUUUUGUGACAUUGGCCCCCUUCUGAAGCUGUCCUGCUCUGACACCCGUAUCAAUGAGUUGAUGGUCUUUGCUGUGGGUGGCCCAGUGAUGACGAUCCCUUUCCUUUGUAUCGUGGCCUCUUAUGUUCUCAUUGUUUCAGCCAUCCUCAGAAUCCCAUCUGGGAGUGGAGGAAGGCUCAAGACCUUCUCUACCUGCGGCUCCCACCUCUCUGUGGUCUGUGUGUUCUAUGGGACAGUUCUGAGUGCUUAUUUCUGUCCCUCCACUGAGGAGACAGCCUCGUCGGUGGUCUACACAGCGGUUACUCCAAUGCUGAACCCUUUCCUCUAUAGUCUGAGGAAUCAGGAUAUGAAGGCAGGCCUAGCAAACCUUCUAAGAGGCAGGCUAUCUAUCUCCCAGGCUCAGUGA